AUGGAAGAAGUAACCAGUAAGCAGGAGAAAGUUGUGGUAAUGGAUGACAAUGGUGAUAGUGUUAGUGGUGCUUGGGGAGGGAGAGGUGGUAGUGGUAGUGGUGGUGGUGGUGGUGUUGAGGGAUCGUGUUCAUUGUCAAUGAGUAAAACUUUGUUGCUCAAACCAAGAAUCAGAAAUCACGGGUAUCCAUCUAAAUUUUUGCUAAAGACCUUUGAAAUGGUGGACAACCCAGAAACAAACUCCAUUAUCUCCUGGAGUCCCACUGGUACCAGCUUGAUUAUAUGGGAUCUUAUCAAGUUCUCAGAGCUGCUCCCCAUCUACUUCAAGCACAACCAUUUCUCAAGUUUCAAUUACCAACUCAAUAACUAUGGGUUUAGAAAAAUCAGUUGGGAUAAAUGGGAAUAUGAGAAUCCAUUGUUUCAAGAAGGUAAGAAGCAUCUCCUGGGCAACAUUCAGAGGAAGAACAAACAAGUCUCUGUAACCAAGAAGCAACAAGUAGCGAAAAACCGCUGCUUCGAUUCGGGGGAGGAGUUUAGGGUGAAAGACAAGCUAGAAAAUGUGAGGAAUGAUAACAUGAAAUUGAGAGUUGAAAUUCAGAACCUGAAAUUGCAACAAGAGAAUAUGGAGAAUCAGUUUGCUGCCUUAGAAGAGCACAUGGCAGAUAUGGAAUUUAAGCAACAAAAAAUGAUCAUCUUCAUAGCCAACAAAUUCAACCCAUCUUUCUUUCAGCGGUUUAUCCACCAGCUGAGGCGGAAAAUGGAAAUCGACAGCACUCAGACUGCAAAGAAACGGAAAUUGGUUGUGCCUCAAAGCACUGAAAACUCAAUGGAGCCUAUGGAUAUGGAUGCUAUGGACACUACCCUUAUUAGUCAGAACAUUGAUGGCGAGAACCAAGUUCAACACGAUUUUACUACAAUCCAAUCAGAAUCACAAACAGCGGUGUCCUCUGCUGAUAAGUUGGGCAGUCCAAUUCAGAACCAGAAGGCUAAUGCAACCUCAGACAUAAAUGCUGAGGAUUAUCCAUGUUGGAAUAAACUGCUAGAGGAUGACUCAAUGUGUGAAAAUGAACUAGAAAGAGAGCUAAGACUGGCUCACUCGAAGAUGGUCAUGGAAUUCGAGGAUUUGAUCGAAAAGCCAAGUGUUUGUGGCGUGGAGGAAGAGGGGAACCUCGACUUAUGGUCAUAAAUUUUU